AUGGCGCGUAGUAAAGAGGUGCCUCUGUGCAGCAGUGAAUGGUGCAGCAAUGGGCAGCAUGCAAGAACUCGAAACUAUGGACGUGAAUUGGAAUUAUGCAGGCUGGAAGCUGUGUCUGUGGAAUUUGGAGACUUCCAUCCACUCAAACCCAUUAUGGUUACUGAAUCUAAGACAAAAAAAUUGGGUCGUAAAGGAAGCACAUCCUCUACAUCUUCCUCCUCCUCUAGUUCAAUGUUGGAUCCACUGAGCAGCGUUCUGGAUGGCACAGAUCCUUUAUCUUUGUUUGCAGCUACGGCAGAUCCAAUGGUGACUAUAACAAUGGAUAAUGCCAGGAAGAAGCGUGAUAAAGAUGAGAGUUUGUCUGUGGGAAGUGACUUUGAACCUUGGUCAAGCAAACGGGGUGAAAUACUGGCACGGUACACAACAAAUGAGAAACUGUCCAUAAAUUUAUACAUGGGAUCUGAAAAAGGAAAAGCUACAACUCCUGGAUCUGCAGUUUCAGAGAAAGUGCGGACCAGACUAGAAGAAUUGGAUGAUCUUGAAGAGGGGUCCCAAAAAGAAUUACUCAACUUAACCCAGCAAGACUAUACAAACCGGAUUGAAGAACUCAACCAAUCCUUGAAGGAUGCGUGGGCCUCAGAUCAGAAAGUAAAAGCCCUAAAGAUUGUUAUUCAGUGUUCUAAACUUCUUUCAGAUACAACUGUAAUUCAGUUUUAUCCCAGUAAAUUUGUCUUAAUAACAGACAUCCUUGAUACAUUUGGAAAGUUGGUGUAUGAAAGGAUCUUUUCUAUGUGUACUGAUCAUUGUAGCCCAUUGCCAGAUAAUUUUACUCCUGAAAGUGUUAAUGAUAUCGCCAAAGAAACCUGCUUAAACUGGUUUUUCAAGAUUGCUUCCAUCCGAGAACUCAUUCCAAGAUUUUAUGUGGAGACAGCAAUACUGAAGUGCAACAAAUUCCUUUCCAAAACGGGAAUUUUGGAAUGCCUCCCCCGAUUGACUUCCAUGAUCCGAGGAAUUGGUGAUCCUCUGGUGGCUGUCUAUGCUAGAGCAUAUCUCUGCAGGGUUGGGAUGGAAGUGGCUCCUCAUCUGAAAGACAGCCUCAACAAGAACUUCUUUGACUUUCUUCUAACAUUUAAACAAGUUCACGGGGAUACUGUCCAGAAUCAGCUGGUGGCACAGUGUGUCGAGAUCCCAUUAUAUCUAACGCUUUAUUCUCCAGCAAUAGAUUGGAUUCUACAGUGCAUUGCUUACCGAGCUGCAGAGGCAUUGCUGACAGAGAUGAUGGAGAGAUGCAAGAAGCUGGGCAACAAUGCCUUGCUCUUGAAUUCUGUCAUGUCUGCCUUCAGAGCUGAAUUUAUCGCUGCAAGGUCGAUGGAUUUUAUUGGUAUGAUAAAAGAGUGUGACGAAUCUGGGUUCCCCAAGCAUCUUCUCUUCUGCUCUCUGGGACAGAACUUGGCCUUAGCUGACCCCCCAGAAAGCGACCGGCUUCAAAUCUUAAAUGAAGCCUGGAAAGUUAUUACAAAGUUAAAGAGUCCACAGGAUUAUAUAAAUUGUGCAGAAAUCUGGAUGGAAUAUACUUGCAGGCAUUUUACGAAGCGCGAAGUCAAUACCGUUUUAGCUGAUGUCAUUAAACAUAUGACUCCAGAUCGGGCUUUUGAAGAGGCCUACCCUCAGCUUCAAUCAAUAAUUCAGAAAGUCAUCACCUAUCUCCAUGAUUUCUCCAUUCUCUUUUCAUUGGUGAGUUUCUAUGGGGCUACAAGGAUCCUGCGUUCCUACUGUCUAAAAGAAAUGUGCACUUUCUCUUGGAGACAAUUUGAGGUUAGCUGGAAGACAGAUGAGCAGAUCUGGGAAUUAGAAGAAAAUCUCAUUCAUACAUGUCUUAAUGUUCCCAUCCCCAAACUACGGCUUUCCUUUACCAGCCCCUUCUUGGUUUUGAAGAAACUCAAGAACUUCACAUAUCCCUGA